AUGUCAAAACAUCAGCAGGUCCCGAACAUCCCACGUGUGAUAUCCCCUUCACCGACGCCCUCCGAGACGAGUGGUAAGGAUGGCUACUUUCCACCCACAACUCGCUCGAAGGCGGCCCGCUCAAGCACGCCGGUGGACCCAAUAGAUGAAAAUGAGGCAGUGGAUGAGCUUGACCCUGAGUUGGCGCGCGCGAGGAGCAGAAGCAGGAGUCCACAUGUUGAACGAGCUCCAACGAGGAUGGCCAUGACGCCUCUCAAUGGAGGAAUAUCCACCAGCACAAAGGCUACCAUAGCGAAUGCGACGAGACCAAAUCGAAGAAAGAAUGGUGAACCAUCAAACGUAGCGGUACCGAACGAUACGUCCAAAGGAGCCUCUGAUUCAAAGGGACUACUGUCUCCCUCUAGCGCAUAUCCACAGGGAUUUGGGUCAGCAUACUGGCGCAAUCUUAGUAGGAGUCCCAGCCCCCUAGGCCUCAUCCCGAUUCAUCGUGAAUGGAGAGAAUUUGUGCACAAGCACGAAGUUCCACGCAAGCUUCUGCACGUUAGCAUCGGAUUUGUCACGCUCUGGCUCUACCGCGAAGGUGUGCAAACCAGCCAGAUACAUCCUGUUCUGAUGGGCCUGCUAGUGCCCAUCCUUUCGGUCGACCUCUUACGAUUCAGAUGGCCUGCGUUCAAUCGUGUCUACAUUCGCAUUCUUGGCCCCUUCAUGCGCGAGAGCGAAGCACACGAUCGAUUCAAUGGAGUCAUCAGCUACCUAGCGGGGCUAUGGGCGACGAUGUAUUUCUGCCGGAAAGACGUGGCAGUCAUGAGCGUGUUGCUACUGUCAUGGUGCGACAGUGCAGCGAGCACCUUUGGGCGACUCUGGGGCAAAUACACACCUCGAGUCCGUAAAGGGAAGAGUUUGGCAGGCUCCUUGGCCGCUUUCACAUUGGGUGUUGCAAGCUCAGUGUUGUUUUGGGGAUUGGUAGCACCAGCCGCGCCUGAAGGAUUGAGCGUAGGAUCCAACAGCUUUGCGUACGAUGGAAUUUUGACUCUACCAUCGGCACUGCGAGAGCCUCUGGGACUCAGCGAACCGCAGGCUACGAUUUCAGGAAACGUCGCCCUGGGCGUGAUAUCAGUCGUGGCUGGACUGGUGGCCAGCGUAAGUGAGGCCAUAGAUCUAUGGGGUCUGGAUGACAACUUGACGAUACCCGUUCUCUGCGGUAUUGGGUUGGGAGCUUUUACGUGGGCAUUCGGCGGGAGAUAG